GCUCAUUUGAAUCGUAGAGCGCCAAAUGCGAUAAGUGCCAUUGUACAUAUAGAUAGCAUAACGCAAAGGUCAAUUAGCGAAGAAAUAUGACUCCUUCAACAGUGGUAAAUAUGGCAAGAAACUCCGUUAGAUUUUUUCGACAUAUUCCGAAAUUGAAUUACAACUUCAAGCCAAUUAGCUCCAUUUCAUCGAGAAAUACGGAAACUCAAAAUGUUAAAACAGAACAACAGGAAGUUAGACGUCUAGAACCGUGCCAAGCAGAUUCUAUGUUAGAUAUGGGAACUAGACGUAUUUACAGCGAAGAACACGAUAUAUUCAGACGUCAAGUUAGAAGAUUUAUACAAGAAAAUGUUAUACCCUAUCAUGAAGAAUGGGAAAAGCAGGGUCAUAUUAGCAGAGAAGUAUGGGAAGAAGCUGGAAGACAAGGUUUUCAUGGAGUAAACAUUCCAAGCGAGCAUGGUGGCUGGGGAGGAGAUUUUUUAGCCUCUGGUAUUGUUAUGGAAGAAGUGGGUUUCGCCAAUGUCAGCGGCUUAUCUGGAUUCACAUUGCACAGUGACAUUGUAAUGCCUUAUUUAUCACGAUAUGGAUCAAAAGAGCAAAUUGAUAAAUAUAUGCCAAGUAUGGUUGCGGGUACUUGCAUUGGUGCUAUUGCUAUGACCGAACCAACAGCUGGAAGUGAUAUUCAAGGAAUUAAAUCCAGGGCCGUUAAAGAUGGAGAUGGGUGGAUAUUAAAUGGAUCAAAAGUUUUUAUAACAAAUGGUUACAUGUGUGAUUUGUGUAUUGUUGUUGCUGUUACAGAUACAUCGGCUAAAAAUGCGUCAAGCGGUAUCAGCUUAUUUUUGGUUGAUGCCUCAAUGCCAGGUUUCACAAAAGGAAAACCUUUGAAAAAGGUUGGAACUCAUGCUCAAGACACAGCCGAGUUGUUUUUUGAAGAUGUAAAAUUACCUGCCGAUUCUCUUUUGGGUAAAGAAAACCACGGAUUCUAUUAUUUGAUGAAUGAUUUACCAAGGGAACGUCUUAUGAUAAUAAUUUAUGCUCAGGCACAUGCUGAAUUCAUGUUCGAAGAGACAAGAAAGUAUGUGAAACAAAGAAAAGCUUUCGGAAAGAACUUGAGCAAUUUAUCAACAAUUCAACAUAAAUUGGCAGAAAUGAAAUCGGAGAUUGCAGUUGGUAGAGCAUUUACCGAUAACUGCAUCGAGCUGUAUCAUCAUAAUCAAUUAGAUUCUAGUACAGCGUCGAUUGGAAAAUAUUGGGUUAGCGAAAUGCAAAACAGAAUCGCCACGCAAUGCUUGCAGUUACAUGGAGGAUGGGGUUAUAUGAUGGAGUACCCGAUUGCCAGGGCAUUUGUUGAUGCUAGAGUACAAACUAUCUAUGGUGGAGCAAACGAAAUUAUGAAAGAAUUGAUCUCAAGAAAAAUCAUCAAGAAUUAA